AUGUUGCGCCAAAUAAAACCUCGUAAUGCCCGCAGCAAGCGCGCCCUCGAUAAAAAAGCUCCCAAACCAACCGAAAACCCCAAAACAACACUUUUCCUACGCUUUACAACAUGUUCUCAGGUAGUUCAAGACGCUUUAACUGACCUCCACCAACUUCGGAUACCUCUGGCCAAGAAGUUUACCAAGAAAAAUGCAAUUCAUCCUUUCGAAGACGCCGCCUCAUUCGAAUUCUUCUCCGAGAAGAAUGAUGCUUCAAUCCUCGUCUUUGGGUCUUCCUCAAAAAAGCGCCCACAUGCAAUCACAUUAGCGAGAACUUUUGGAUACAAACUACUGGACAUGUUGGAAUUGUACCUAGAUCCCGAUAGUUUCAGGAAGUUAGCGCAAUUUAAGAACAAGAAAUGCGCUGUGGGGUUGAAACCUAUGCUUCUGUUUGCGGGAACUCCAUUUGAGAGUCCUGUUACGAAUGAAUAUACUCUCGCGAAAAGUUUCUUCACGGAUUUCUUUAAGGGAGAGCCAGCGGAUAAGGUUGAUGUUGAGGGAUUACAGUAUAUUGUUUCUAUUAGCGCCAGGGAAGAAGUCGACGGAGAGGAAACGAAACCCAGUAUACAUCUCAGAGUAUACUUGAUUCGAACGAAGCGGAGUGGGCAGAAGUUACCACGAGUUGAAGUAGAGGAGAUGGGUCCAAGGAUGGAUUUCCGCGUUGGAAGGGUUAAAGAGGCGGAUGAGAGUAUGCUCAAGGAAGCACUCCGAAAAGCACGUACUAGCGCCGAACGGCCGAAGAAGAACAUCUCUACCGAUAUUGUUGGUGACAAGAUGGGUCGGAUACAUCUGGGCAAGCAGGAUCUUAAGGAGCUGCAAACGAGGAAGAUGAAGGGACUGAAGAGAAGUAGGGAUGUGGAGGACUCAGAAGGUGAUGAAGAUGUCGAGGAUGUUAUUAGCGAAGACGAAGCGGAAGCGCCUCCCAAGAAGUCGAAGAAGAAGGAGUAG